GAAGUGUUCUUUUUGAAACGAUGACCGUUACCUCUCGGCACGUUCUGAUGACGUCACAGAACAGCUCUUGUCUGGUAGAGUGGUUUCCCUUGGUGCGACUGGCGUACACAAGUUACAAAUUAUUUUGGAAUCAAAUUUCAGCAUGCCAGAAAAUAAAGGGAAAACAGGUCGACAGUUCCCAUACACAAUAGUGUACGAUCAGUGUUUCUCGCCAUGCGGAAAGUAUCUUGCAGCAGGAAGCAAUUAUGGGGACAUAGCCAUUUUCAACAUGUCCGCUGCACUUUCUUCAGAUGCUACAGAAAAAUCUAAACACCCAGUAUUCAUAUUCAAAGGUUGUAAAGAUGGUGGCAUCUUUUGUUUAACAUCAACAGAGACAUUUCUCCUCAGUGCAGGAGAUGGGGAAAUUCAAGCUUGGAGAUGGAGUGAUUUAACAGCAAAGACUGCAAAGUUGGCAUGGUCUCUGACCCUUCCAAGAAGUGGAGUGCUGGCUAAUGCAGAAGUAAACUCCAUGAUUAUUAAUCAGCAGUCACACAAGUCGUGUCUGUAUGCUGGUGGUGGGGACAAAAAAAUUCAUACAUGGGACUUGGAAACUGGACAAUAUUUGAGUGCCUUGGAAGGUCACACAGACUACAUUCACAAGCUUCUGCUGAUGAAUGAAGGUCAGGACUGUCUUUCAGCAUCAGAAGAUGGCACAGUCAGAAUCUGGGAUACACGAACAACAGGUGAAUCAGUUCAAUGCAUUGAACCUUUCAAAAAUGAGCUCUGUGCACGGCCGUUAAUGGGCAAGUGGCUGAGAUGUUUGGCUGUGGACUCUGAAGAGGGUUGGCUGAUAUGUGGUGGAGGUCCAAAAAUGUCAGCCUGGCACUUACGUACUUUGUCACCAACAACUGUGUUUGAUACCCCCAGUGUCAGUCAGAACGUAGCACUUUUCCAUGAAGACUAUAUUUUAUCAGCUGGAAGCUUAGCCUGUAUGAACCACUGGAUGCUCACAGGACAGCUGAAGUCUUCUAUUCCUUGCUCCCCUACUUCUGUCUUUAGCCUUAACAUCAAUAAACGCUCAGAUGCAAGCAAGGUGCUUUGUAUAGCUGGAGCUAGUCCUUAUAUAGACGUGUGCAUCAAUUUUGGGUACACAUCGUUUGCCCUGGUCUUCCAAGCAGCAUAAAUGUCCACACCAAAUGUUUCUUGUUAAAUCAUAUUAUUCAUGCUGUCUCCAUACGCUUAUUUUAUAGUUCACUAAAAUCUGCCAAUAAAAGUGGAUUUCCAAACAUGAAAACAAUGACUUUUAUUUACCGAUGGAAAGUUUUGAGAUUUGAAAUAUGUAUGCAUAUUAUUUUAUGUGACUAUUUUUUUUGAAUAAUAAAAGGCAGUACUGCA